GAGAGAGAUAAUGCCUUCUGAAUGCAUGAUGAAUUUAGUCAUCAGGCUUAGGCUGACUGGGGGCCGAUCGUAGCUGUGCAGUGCGCAGAGCAAGCGAGCGAACAAGCGUGCGUGUGAGUGAGUGUGUGCGAGACCUUGCUCACAGGCACUCCAUCAUCAGCUAUACCCUGCAGCCUCUCUCACUCUCUUAUCCUCCUCCUGAAGAGAGAGAGAGAAAGAGAGAAUCACGCAACACGCCAGAAAGAAGAAGUGGAGAAGAUAAAAAACUCUCUCCUCUCUGCACUGCUCUUUUGCUGAGCGUGAGAGGGAAGGGAAGAGGGAGAGAGAGGGAGGCAGUGAGCUACAGAAAUAAAACAGUGCUUCUUGUCGUCCGUGCUGCUUUCUCUGCUGUGGCUCCAGCCCACAGAGCUCUGAUUGCAAGUACUAGAGCAGUAGCAGUGUCUCUCUCUCUGCAGACUGCAGCCUGAGGAAGAGAGGAUGCUUAAUAACAUGACAGACACCGAGGAGGGAGAGAGGGGGGACCCAACAGCCAGGGCGAUGGGAACCCCAAGGAGAGCAGUCCCUUCAUCAACAGCAGCAGUGCCAGCGACGUGGAGAAGAGCCAGCAGUACGAUGGCAAGAACAUGGCCCUGUUUGAGGAGGAGAUGGACAACAGUCCUAUGGUGUCGUCCAUACUUAGCAGUCUAGCCAACUAUUCCAACCUGCCUCAGGGCAGCAAAGAGCACGAGGAGGCCGAGAACGAGGAGGGGGCGGCACCAUCCAAAAAAAAACCUGCUGUCAAGGCACCAUCGCUGGGCACUCUGAUGGGGGUGUACCUACCCUGCAUCCAGAAUAUCUUUGGUGUGAUCCUGUUCCUGCGGAUGACCUGGAUGGUGGGCAUCGGAGGGGUCUUUGGCUCCUUCAUCAUCGUCUUCAUGUGCUGCUCCACGACCAUGCUGACAGCGAUCUCCAUGAGUGCCAUUGCAACGAAUGGAGUGGUGCCAGCCGGAGGCUCCUACUACAUGAUCUCCCGUUCCCUGGGGCCUGAGUUUGGCGGAGCUGUCGGAAUCUGCUUCUAUUUGGGGACUACUUUUGCGGGUGCCAUGUACAUCCUUGGUGCCAUCGAACUUCUGCUGAUUUACAUCCUUCCCCAGGCGGCCAUUUUUAAGAUGGAGGGUCUGGAAGGGGCUGAUAUGGAGGCAGCGAUGCUGAACAACAUGCGCGUGUACGGCACUAUUGUGCUCAGUUUCAUGGCCACGGUGGUGUUUGUGGGGGUCAAAUAUGUCAACAAGCUGGCUCUGGUCUUCCUGGCGUGCGUUAUUCUGUCCAUCCUGGCUGUUUAUGCUGGGGUCAUCAAGACGGCCUUUGAACCCCCUGUUUUCCCCGUGUGCAUCCUGGGGAACCGCACUCUGAUCUCCAAGGGAUUUGACGUGUGUGCCAAGGUCAUUGAGAGGGACAACGGCACGGUCACCACCAAGCUGUGGAAGAUUUUCUGCGACUCGGAGUUCCUCAACGCUACCUGUGAUGAGUACUUUGCCAACAACAAUGUUUCUGAGAUCCAGGGCAUCCCAGGUGUUAGCAGUGGAAUACUGGCUGAGAACCUGUUUGGUUACUACCUGGAGAAGGGAGACUUCUUGGAGAAGCGGGGGAUCUCAGCCAUGCAGGACCCUGACGCUCCCAUCACCAACUCCAACCGUUAUGUCCUGGCUGACAUCACCAGCUUCUUCACCCUGCUGGUGGGGAUCUAUUUCCCCUCUGUCACAGGUAUCAUGGCUGGCUCUAACCGCUCUGGAGACCUGCGCGAUGCCCAGAAGUCCAUCCCCAUAGGCACCAUAGCAGCCAUUACCACUACUUCUAUAGUGUACAUGUCUGCCGUGGUCCUGUUUGGGGCCUGUAUUGAAGGGGUGGUCCUGAGGGACAAGUUUGGUGAGGGGGUGGAUGGUAACCUUGUAAUUGGUACCCUGGCGUGGCCUUCACCAUGGGUGAUCGUGAUUGGCUCCUUCUUCUCCACCUGUGGGGCAGGGCUUCAGAGUUUGACUGGAGCGCCACGCCUCCUGCAGGCCAUCUCCCGCGAUAGCGUAAUCCCUUUCCUUAAAGUUUUUGGGCAUGGCAAGGCCAACGGAGAGCCUACCUGGGCCCUACUCCUCACAGCCAGUAUCUGUGAGAUCGGCAUCAUCAUCGCCUCUCUGGACGCUGUUGCCCCCAUCCUCUCCAUGUUCUUCUUGAUGUGCUACAUGUUUGUCAACCUGGCCUGUGCCCUGCAAACUCUGCUGAGAACCCCCAACUGGAGGCCUCGCUUCAAGUUCUACCACUGGGCUCUCUCCUUCCUGGGCAUGAGCUUGUGUCUGUCGCUCAUGUUUAUCUGUUCCUGGUACUACGCCAUUGUUGCCAUGGUGAUUGCUACCUGCAUCUACAAAUACAUUGAGUUCGCUGGGGCAGAGAAGGAGUGGGGAGAUGGUAUACGUGGCAUCUCACUCAGCGCUGCUCGCUUCGCCCUCAUGAGGUUGGAGGAGGGACCGCCUCACACCAAGAACUGGAGGCCUCAGAUUAUGGUUCUGGUGAGCAUGGAUUCAGAACAGAAUGUGGAGCAGCCCCGUCUGCUGUCCCUGACCAAUCAGCUGAAAGCAGGAAAAGGUCUUACCAUCGUGGGUACCUCAGUGGUGGGCACCUUCCUCAACAACCAUGCAGAGGCCCAGAAGGCAGAUCAGUCUCUGAGGAAGCUGAUGGAGACAGAGAAGGUGAAGGGUUUCUCCCAGGUGGUGAUCUCCUCCAACCUGAGGGAUGGGACCUCCCACCUGAUCCAGGUCGGUGGGCUGGGAGGCCUGAAGCACAACACUGUGCUGGUCAGCUGGCCACGCACCUGGAAACAGGCAGAGGACAACCUGCGCUUCAGGAACUUCAUCGAGGUGGUUAGGGAGACAACUGCAGCAAGCAUGGCUCUGCUGGUCCCUAAAAACAUCGCUGCCUACCCGUCGAACGGAGAACGCUUCACUGAAGGCCACAUUGACGUGUGGUGGAUCGUCCAUGAUGGAGGCAUGCUGAUGCUGCUGCCCUUCCUUCUCCGCCAGCACAAGGUUUGGAGGAAGUGUAAGAUGCGCAUCUUCACCGUGGCCCAAAUGGACGACAACAGCAUCCAGAUGAAGAAAGACCUGAUCACCUUCCUGUAUCACCUGCGUAUCGAUGCUGAGGUCGAGGUGGUGGAAAUGCAUGACAGUGACAUCUCAGCCUAUACGUAUGAGAAGACCCUGGUGAUGGAGCAGCGCUCCCAGAUCCUCAAACAGAUGCACCUCACCAAAAAUGAGAUGGAGAGAGAAAUCCAGAGCAUCACUGAUUCAUCCCGUGGUUCUAUCCGUCGUAAGAACCCGUCUAACUUGCAGUCUCAGCAGAGCAGUGAGGAGCCGGCAGGAGUCAGCGUGGAGGAGAUACCAGAGGAGGAGUCUGUGGCUGUCUCCCGCCCUAAACAGGUGCAGCUGAUCCACAAUAAGAACCCCACGUCCCCCACCACGCCCGCAGGGAGCGCUGCCACCCCCGGAUCGGAGGUGCAGAUGACCUGGACAGACAAGGCUGAGACCCAGGCUGCAGCAGGCCACCCAGAGCAGGGCGGGGUCAAAGACAUCUUCAACAUGAAGCCGGAGUGGGAGAGCCUGAACCAGUCCAACGUGAGGCGUAUGCACACAGCGCUGAGGCUCAAUGAGGUCAUCAUGAAAAAGUCCAAGGAGGCCAAGCUAGUGCUGCUCAACAUGCCUGGACCACCCAAGAACCGCAUGGGAGAGGAAAACUAUAUGGAGUUCCUGGAAGUCCUCACCGAGGGUCUCAACCGGGUCCUCCUAGUACGUGGUGGUGGACGCGAGGUCAUCACCAUCUACUCCUGAGAGACCUCAAAUCAAAUCCACACCCCUUCACCUUGCAUCUUAAUGGUUUAUGGCCCCUGCUUCCACUCCCCCUGCAUCUUUACUUCAGUCACAUCCCUCACAUCCCACCAACACCCCUCCCCACACACACACAUACCCACAUACACAUAAACCUGUCCCAAAACAUAUCAGCUCACUUUGCACUACGUAGUUAGUACCCCCCC